CCACAAACAAGAAUAUCCAAAAAAUCAUUCUCUCUCCACUACCAAACUUCUGCCGCGCCGCCGUUUUUCCCGAUCGAUCGGAGCUCCAUCGCAGCCAUGUCUGUUCUUCCCACAUUACCAAAAUGCCCUUCCUCCCCACCUCCCUCCCUCACCUUCUUCUCUUCGUCUCCGUCGUUUCGCGUCUCCGUCGUCAAGGUGAAGCCGCCGGCUACGGCGUCGUUCUGGUGCUGCGCUACUCAGUCGCAGGUUGCCGUCGUCAAUGGCAGAGCGGAAGGGAGAAUCUCCGAGCGGAAUGAGAUUCGUCUUGGACUUCCUAGCAAAGGUCGAAUGGCCGCCGAUACCCUCGAUCUUCUGAAGGACUGUCAAUUGUCAGUGAAGCAAGUUAAUCCUCGACAGUACGUUGCAGAGAUCCCCCAGAUCUCGAACUUGGAAGUGUGGUUCCAGAGGCCCAAAGACAUUGUACGGAAAUUAUUGUCUGGGGACUUGGACCUUGGCAUUGUGGGUCUUGAUACCGUUAGUGAAUAUGGGCAGGGUAAUGAGGAUCUCAUCAUUGUUCAUGAUGCUCUUGACUAUGGCGAUUGCCGUUUAUCCCUCGCAAUUCCGAAAUACGGGAUUUUCGAGAACAUAAAUUCCUUGAAGGAGCUUGCCCAAAUGCCUCAAUGGACGGAAGAAAAACCUUUGCGUGUUGCUACUGGCUUCACUUACCUGGGUCCUAAAUUUAUGAAAGAAAAUGGACUCAAGCACGUGACUUUUUCAACUGCUGAUGGAGCUCUAGAGGCAGCUCCUGCGAUGGGGAUAGCCGAUGCUAUUUUGGACCUUGUGAGCAGUGGGACAACCUUGAGAGAAAAUAACUUGAAAGAAAUUGAAGGUGGAGUUGUAUUAGAAAGCCAAGCUGUUCUUAUUGCAAGCCGAAGAUCAUUGAUACAGAGGAAAGGAGUACUCGACACGACACAUGAGAUUAUUGAAAGAUUGGAGGCACAUCUGAGGGCAGUGGGUCAAUUCACGGUGGUUGCAAACAUGAGAGGAAGUAGCGCAGAGGAAGUGGCUGAGAGAGUCCUCAGUCAAACGUCAUUGUCUGGCUUGCAGGGUCCCACCGUAAGUCCUGUAUUCUGUAGACGUGAUGGAAAAGUGGUAGCUGAUUACUAUGCCAUAGUCAUAUGUGUACCCAAGAAGGCACUCUACAAGUCUGUGCAACAACUAAGAGCGAUUGGAGGAAGUGGGGUUUUGAUUUCCCCUGUGACAUACAUUUUCGAUGAAGAGACGCCAAGAUGGAGAGAGCUUCUUUCAAAACUCGGGCUGUAAUGCUUUGUAGUUGAUGCCUGGGGCAGUUUGUUGCAUUUCUGUAGUUGUACCGAUGCUUGAAUUGUUUGUUGAGUCAGUCCACCCUAAUUUAUGGCAAAUGGCUAUGGGGUGGAUAACAAUGUUUGAAGAAUCAGACAACUCUGAAAAUUUUGUGCGAAUAUCUUUGUUUGAAUAGACAAUAACGUGCAAGUGAAGUUUAGGCAUUCCCUGCUAUCUUGCUAGUGGCUUCGGAAGGUUUUCUCUAGUUUGUUGCACUGUAUUUGGUGAGAUGGAAAGAACAAAGAAGAGAUGGAAAACCAUGCUAUGGAGAGAGAUUGUGUGAAUGGUUUUACUUUUAUCUUGUUUGCUAUGAGAUGAAUGAAAGGAAGUUUAUUCCUCUUUUUUUUUUC